AUGUCUUCUCUCAAAUCUGAGACACAUAAUGCUUUCGUACCUGGAAGGCUUAUGUCUGAUGAUUGUUUGUUGGCUCAUGAGUUGAUCACUUUUGUCAACAACUGCCGGAAUAGGAAGAAGUGUUAUGCUGCGAUUAAGUUGGACAUGAAUAAGGCUUAUGACAGAGUCCGUUGGGAUUUCCUAUUUACAGCUCUUGCUUGUUUUGGGUUUCCUCCUUACUGGAUUCACAUUAUCCGUCAGUGUGUGUCCACGGUUUCCUACCAGGUUCUUGUAAAUGGGGAUCCUACUACUUCAUUUCUUCCGUGUUGCGGCCUGCGUCAAGGAGAUCCUCUCUCUCCGUAUUUGUUUGUUCUCUGUAUGGAAGUUUUUUCUGCUUCCUUGCGUCUGGCAGAGCGCCAGCAGUUGCUCCAUGGGAUUUAUAUUUCCAGGAAUGCCCCUCCAGUUUCCCAUCUGUUCUUCGCUGAUGACUCCUUGUUAUUUCUUGAGGUUUCUCCUGCUGCCUGUCAACAUGUGUCCCUGGUUUUGGAUCAGUUCAGUAAGCUUUCGGGGCAGCUGGUUAAUUAUCAGAAAUUGUUUGUUAAGUUUAGCCCUAACACCCCCGAUGAUUACCGGGAUUUCCUAUCCACUUCUCUAAGAUUAGGUCAUCGGCCUCAUCUUGGGAAAUAUUUGUGUGUUCAGGUGGAUUUAGGAAGGUCGAAAACCUCAACUUUUAAUGAGUUGGUUGACAAGAUUGCCCGUCGUAUUUCUAACUUCGCCUCGCUCAGACUCUCUGCAGCGGCUAAGUUGGUGUUGAUCAACUUUGUGCUGGUGGCCUCUAUCUCCCAUGUUCUGUCUGAUUUCAAGAUUCCUCAAUCUAUUUGUGAUCGGAUUGAUCAGUUAUGUCUGCGGUUCUGGUGGCGUUCUUCGCCUUCGACGUCGGGCAUUGCUUUGCGUCCUGCCUCUUUGUUGCAUCUGCCAAAGGGUAUGGGGGGUCUGGGUAUCCGAAACAUGUCUUGUUUCAACCAAGCCCUUCUAGCCCGGCAAGGUUGGCGUCUUAUUCAUCAUCCGCAAUUACUGUUAGCUCGUAUAUAUAAGGCCAAGUACCCUGGGCUGUUCGUCCCGGGCUCUUCGCCUUCAACCAGGCCUUCGUGGGGAUGUAGGGGGAUCAUGGCUGGCAACCAAGUUCUUUCCCAGGGGUUAGCUUGGAAAGUAGGUUCUGGGGCUCGGGUCCGAAUUACUCUGGAUUCUUGGGUUCCGAAUGUUCAGGUUUCGUUUAAAGAUUUCGUGCUUGUGUCGGUUUAUCCGACUCAUGUUUCCUCUUUAAUUAAUCCGCGUUCAGACGCGUGGGAUGUUUAUGUGAUUCUUAAAUCGGCAUAUGUUACUCUGGUGGACAAAGGGUUAUAUUCAGCAUCGCAUUUGCCUUCCAUCCCGGUCAGCUGGUGGAAGCGGUUCUGGGGUCUUCACAUCCUCCCCAAGUUCAAAAUCUUUGUCUGGAAAUUGCUGAAUAACGCUUUGCCAAUUGCCGCUCUUCUUCAGGCUCGGGGUUUUCCUCUGGAUCCGCAAUGUUGUUUCUGCCACUCUGCUUCGGAGUCGGUUGACCACUUAUUUUGUUGUUGCCCUCUUGUUCGCGCUUGGUGGCCUACUUCUCUCGGAGGUAGUCUGCUUCCGCGUCCCUCUCCAGGCAUGUUUUCCUCUUGGUGUGCUGAUAUGAUUUCUAGGUUUUCUUCACCUGGCAUGCCUCAGCUGUUGUUAGGUUCUUUUUUGGUUGCCCUUUGGUCCUGUUGGGUUGUCAGGAAUGACAUUCGCUUCCGUGGUUCGUCUUUUUCGGAGGCAGCCUUGUCUGUAGUGUUCGAUUCUUGGUCUGCUCGUCUUAAGGAUGUGGUGGGGUUUGGUUCGUCUCCUAGGUUUCACCAGUCGGUGUCUAGGCCGCAGUCUCCUUCUCCGCUUCUUUUCUCCGGUGGGCUGCAGGGUUUUUCUUCCCCUCAGCAUGUUGUCCGUCUUGUUUUUGAUGGUUCUUGGAUUCCAGUUUCUAACCAAGCUGGUGCAGGGUGGACUUUCACGGAUUCUGUCUCCUUUGUUUCGCUUGGAGGAGGUGCUCGGGCUUGUAUUGUGGACUCUCCUCUCCAUGCGGAGCUCAGAGCUUGUGUCCUUGGGCUUCAGGUUGCUAUGAAGCGAGGGUUCUUUUCUCUGUUGAUUUUCACAGACUCAACCACGUUGGUUCGGCUGUUGCAACGUUUGUUUCCCCCUCCAGUGUCGAUUUCCUGGUCUCUUGCGGAGGUACGGCGUCUUUUGGCUUCGCUUCACUCAUUCACCAUCUGUAAGGUGCCUAGAUCGAUGGUUAGCGACGCCCAUGUUCUUGCCGGCCAGGCUCGUCGGCGUCAGAUUAUCUCGCUUUCGUUUUAA